AUGGCCACGUUCUAUGUAUUCAAACUUAAUCUAUGGAAGGUGAAGCAGACAGCGGGCGUCGAGAGCCACUAUUCCACUAUGCGCGUGGAUGUCCAGUUCACCAGACGAUCCGGCCAUUACGUCAUCACGCACCACCUGCCAAUCGCGUUCGUCUUAAUCUUGGCGUAUGGGACGCUCUUCCUCAAGCUCCCUACCUUCUUAGACCGGAUCAUUGUCUCCCUGUCCUCCUUCCUGCUCGCCGUCUCCAUCUUCUCGCAGGUUUGCAGCGGCCUCCCCAAAACGGCCUACUUCAAGAUGGUAGACAUCUGGCUCUUCGUCUGCCUCGUCCUCAUUUUCGCCAUCGUCGUGUGUCACGCCACCAUUGAAUACGUGUCUGAAGAAGGCGACCUCUCGUCGGGCAGGUCCAGCACCGCCUCGGGCCGGAUCACCAGGGUUCAGCCGGACCCAACACGGCCGCUCUCCCACAAGAACGGGAUCCUGGCGCCGACGGACCCGGUGCCCGUGGAGACGUAUCCGCAGGAGCGCCGCGAGGAAUACCAGGACCCGGGUGUCCCCAAGCCUAUGGUGUGGCCGCCCCACGUUAUGGCGCUGAUGGCUGGCCGUAUCUGCAUCCCCGUGACUUUUGUCAUCUUCAACUUGGCGUACUGGAGUUCUGCCAUGCAAUGGGGCUUCACUCCGCCUUUCUUUCGAGAUGAAACCACCAUGCAUAUCAGAGGUUACCAGAUCCAGAAACUUAACCCUUACGGCGAGAAUGUACGUUUAAGGAAGCUAGAAAAACUGAAGAGUGCACUGUACAUGCAGUAUCAAGGCAUCAAACCUUCACUUGAUAUACUGGUGGCCUUACCUACGCAAAUCUGA